AUUGCACUCGUUACGCAUGAAAAAAUGUAUCGUUUCGAUUGUUUGCUUCAGUUGAACCAAUAAAAGAAAUUCGUUUCAGUGACGAAGAAAAAUUUGUGUGAAAAUUAUCGUUAUCUGGGAGAAUUAUUUUCUGCUCCAGAUUGCAUUGUAUUCGAUUUUAUGGUAGAAAGGGGUGCGGCGGAAAAUUUGGAGAAAAUGCGUUGAAGAAGUGUAAUUAUUUACAUUGGAUUCGUGUGUUCGUUAAUUAUUAAAAUCAGGGUCGGAUAAAUAUGAAGAUCUACGCACCAAAGAUGGCAACUCCCAUUCAAGAAAAAGUGGAUCAGAAUUUAAAGAUACGUACGGGAAUGGUGACUGUUAGCGAUGGAAAAACUCAACCGGAACCGGUUCGAAUUCAGCUGACAAUGGAGUUAUUGAUAUUACAACGAAUAGACACAUCUACGCCACCACCAGUAUUCGGACCGCCAAUCGAAUCAAAGGAGCGAAUGGUUCAAAUAACUCGGCAAGAUGUGGGUGGUUUAGGAUUGAGUAUCAAAGGUGGUGCUGAACAUAAGCUUCCCAUAUUAAUAUCACGGAUCUAUAAAGAUCAAGCGGCCGAUGCUUCUGGCAAAUUAUUUGUUGGUGAUGCUAUCAUAAAGGUAAAUGGCGAAUACAUAACAGCAUGUCCACACGAUGAUGCAGUUAAUAUUUUGCGUAAUGCUGGUGAUAUUGUUGUACUAACGGUCAAACAUUACAAGGCAGCUACACCGUUUUUGCAGAAGCAAUUGUCACGUGAAACACCUGAUUCCGAUAAUGAUGCAACAUGUGCUGAGUUGAAAGCGGACGAAGGCUGGAAAUCGUCCAUGAGCAACAAUAGUCGUCCGAUGUCAAUCAGUUCGGAGCCGGAAAAAAGAUGGGUGGAUGUUGUGUCCGUACCAUUGAUGAUGGCAUAUGUGACACGUUACAUUUACGGUACCGACAAAUUGCGAUCUAAUGCAUUCGAGGUGCGAGGACUGAACAAUAUCUCAACGGGAAUUAUAAAUUGUGACGAUCUAGCGAUUUUGAGCCAAUGGCUGAAAUUAAUCACCGACAAUAUUGUCGGACUAACACAUUUGCAGAUGAAGCUGUACAAUCGAAAUUUUGCUGUUGGCGAACGAAUUGAAUACAUGGGUUGGGUGAAUGAGGGCGUCAUAAAUAAUAACAUUUCGUGGCAGAGUUACAAGCCACGAUUUUUAGUAUUAAAAGGAACUGAAGUUAUGCUCUUUGAUUCACCACCGUUAAAUGUAGCUGGUCUAACGCGGUCGAUUCUGGCGUACAAGGUUUAUCAAACGAUGUUCCGUGUGGUAAAGGAGUCGGAAACGGUUGAUGCCAGGCAACAUUGCUUCCUGUUACAGAGUUCAGGCCACGAACCCAGAUAUUUGAGUGUUGAAACGCGUCAGGAAUUGCUUCGAAUAGAAAAUAGUUGGAAUGCGGCGAUCAUAACGAGCGUUAUAAAAUUAGGUCGAAAAACAUUUGCUGUUUCACAUUACGGCCGAAGUGGUGGCCUUACAUUAGAUUGGCAGUCAGGAUUUUCGCUAACUGAAGGAGCCGAUGCGACCGUUGUAUGGCAAUUCAAAUUUUCCCAGUUACGCGGCUCCAGCGAUGAUGGAAAAUCAAAAUUGAAGCUACACUUUCAGGACCAGGAGACGCGAACAAUCGAAACUAAAGAAUUGGAAUGUCAAGUGCUUCAGAGUCUGUUGUUCUGUAUGCAUGCAUUUUUAACAGCAAAAGUUGCAUCAGUCGAUCCAUCAUUUUUGAGUUCAAUACAACAGUCUUAAAGCGACUAUCAUCUGUUAUCGAAACGACGACCGAUAUAGAAAUGAGCCAUGGCUGACGUCGUUUGACACAGUAAGUUGUAUGUUGCAACAAGUGAAGGGAAAAAUUUUGUUUCAUCCUGUUAAAAAUCCUUACAUCAAACGAAGUCCUAGAUUCGAUAACUAUAUCCUAAUCAUACGCUUGUCGUCUGUGAAAAAAGUUGAAGAAAGUUACAAAUAUUUCAGUUGAACUAGCAAAAUGUAGGUAGUCUUGUCGGAACGGACCAAGAAAGAACAUAAUGUGAGCCAAUGAAACUCCAUCGGAUUAGACACUAACAAAAAAUUAAAA